AUGUAUAGCAGAAUAUACAACAAAACUGGCAUUUCAGAAUUCCUUCUGUCUGGGUUUUCAAACUUUAGCCCAAUCGGAUUUUACCUAUUUGCUGUCAUAUUGACUGUUUAUAUUAUAACCAUCACAGCCAAUGUCUUCAUCAUUGUCAUAGUUAAAACUGAGAGACGUCUUCACCAGCCCAUGUACUUCUUCAUCGGUGGACUCUCAUUCUUAGAGAUCUGGUAUCCUUCAGUCACUGUUCCUAGACUGCUGUGGGCUCUGCUGACAAAGGAAAUUUCUAUAUCUGCAGCUGGUUGUAUGACACAGUUUUAUUUCCAUUUUUCAUUUGGUGUCACAGAAAACUUCCUGUUAGCUAUAAUGGCCUUUGACCGAUAUGUGGCCAUCUGCAAACCUUUAAGGUACACACUUAUCAUGAGCCCAAAUACUUGUAUACAACUAUUGUUGGGCUCAUGGGUUUGUGGCUUCAUGGCAGUAUCCGUUCCAUGUAUACAGGUCUCAAACCUUUUAUAUUGUUCCAAAAAUACCAUUGAUCAUUAUUACUGUGAUUUUGCACCCUUGAUCAAGUUAUCUUGCUCUGAUACGUUGAGUGUCCAAAAAGUGUUUUUUCUCUUUGCUUGUUUUAUAAUAUUCAGCAGCUUCCUACUAAUUUCCUUGUCUUACAUUUGUAUUAUUCUCACAACAAUGACAUUUUCAACAAGUUUAGGGAGACACAAGGCAUUUUCUACAUGUUCAUCACACUUAAUUGUUGUACUGCUUUUUUAUGGCACUACCAUGUUCAUGUUUAUCCGACCCACCACAGGGGAAUUUAUGCACAUAAAUAAAAUGGUGUCCAUUAUACCAUCCAUAGUCACGCCUCUUCUGAAUCCUAUUAUCUAUACUCUGCGCAACCAAGUAGUGAAGGAGGUGGGGAAGAAAGUAUUCCAGAAACUGAUAUAUUGCGGAGAUCAGUAUUAA